GGAAUCGUCAUCCAAGCCGCGACCCCCGCCGUCUUUCCUUUAGCAAAGGGCCAUGGCUCAAAGAUCUUUCGGGACGGCCUGAGGCUGGUCCUCAUCACAUUCCUUGUAUCAUCCGCCCUGUGGGCUCAAAUAGACUUCACCGGCCUCACUCUCGAUCCAACCUCGACUGCCGGAUGCCAAGUCGCCGUAAUUUUUACUACAAUCUUCGAUCAAGUCGCCCGAUUCGCCAUCGAGCAGUUUCUACUAUGGGCUAUCAACGCGAACGCGAGAGCGCCGGCGAGCGCCAUGGUCUACCAGGCAGUCCUCGGCGUGCGAUUUAUUUUGGGCGCCGUCUUUGUUGGAUUCCAGAAGGCUCAGAUUGCCACCGUCUGCGUUGCCAGGAAUGAUCUUUUGGCUAUCGGUGCCAUCGUCAUGGUCACAGACUUCGCCGUGAUUGCCGCCCUCGCCUUUAGAGCCAACUCGAUUGGCAUCACGAGCGUGCAAGUGAAGAAGGCCAUCUUCUGGACCAUUGGCGCCCUCGCCCUCUGGACGGCGACCAGUAUCCCAAUGCUUCUGGGAAUAGACACUAUUGAGCUGAUCUUCAGAACUGCUCUCCCUGCCACUGGCCUGUCAAUCCUUCUCAGCAUCCUUACACGCUAUCUCGGAAUCUUGCUGCCCCCUCGCCAAAAGCAAGAAGUUCACCCGGAUGCCCAGUCCCCGCGUAACAUCAGCUCCAGCAGAGACAUCUCAACUUCAGAUACCGACUAUCCGCCGUCGCGAUAUGAGGACCUCAAAGGAGGCACGAUUACGACUGUCACGACAUUCAACCAGCCUGUUGAUUUUGGUGGAGGUGGCGGCGCUCUGCCUACCAUGCCUAGCAUCGCCCCGGGUCAGGCGUCGACUGGUGUUGGCGGUGUUCCCGUGCAGGGCCAGCUCUUCCCACCGAUUCGGGCCCAGACGGCUCCUCCCAGACAAAGCAGGAGCAUGGACGCAAGGCCUAACAUCAUGAAGGGACGGAGUAUCUUUGACAAGAUUGGACCAGGCUCGAACAUCAAGAACGCCAUUUCCAACCCAAUCCUCCAGGACAGCGGAGAGCAAAAUCCACUGAGUAAGAUCGCCACCAUCGAUCUAGCCACGGCUGCCAAGAACGAUAGGGAGAAGAGAGGCAACGACAUGACCUCGAUGCAAAGGAACUCGAGUUUCAACGCGCAGCGCCCGGCUCCUAAGCCCCCAGCGAUUACUCCGGAAGAGGCUCUCAAGCGUGCUCAGAGUGGCAAGAGGAAGGAAAUCGGUCUGAAAUCGCCUCCCGCGGAACCGCAGCAACUCAGGUCGGUUGGGCUCAUGUCGAACCCUCCCGCAACGACUUCGUCCGCCCAGCUUUCUCCCGGCGUGGAGGAAAUCAGACGCAGAUCGCCUAGGCAGAUGCCAGAGACCCUCCAGGAGCUGGAGAACGAGAAGAGACCGGCCACGCCCCCGCAAACCGCACCUGUCAGCAGCAUCUCUCCGCCUCGUCCGCAACGGCCGGAAAGGCCCCUGAGCCCCUUCGAGACGAUAGAAAGAUCGGCUAGCCAACGCACCGUGGAGAGGGCUAUGAGCGUGAAAACGCAAAAGACCCUCGAUCGUUCCAGCGCCGCUCGCUUGAUGUCACCCACCAAGAAGCCGGACCUGCCACCCACCUGGCCCAUCCAGACCGCUGUUGACCCGACAAUUCGUCCUUCCAGGCAAAAGCCUCUUUCGCCCAAGACGCCCGGUGGCAGCAGUCUGCAGCGAAGGCCGACAGGUGGUUUGCCGUCAAACCCGAGGGCUAUGGCUAUGAGGCCUUUGCCCAAGGACGCGGUCCAACAAGAGCAGACUGUCAUGUUCGUGAACAAGAUCCAGUACAACGACCCGACAGCAGUGCAAAGCAUCAUUGAGGGAGCUUCGAGCCAGGCUGCGAAGACGCCUCUUAUCUCUCCUGGGCCAGGGCUCAAGUCAUCCGGAUCCGUCGUUCAUAGACCUCGCCCGAUCCCGAGACAGCAGGGCAAGGACCGUCAAAUCUUCCCAGCGGAGAACUCCCCCAAUCACAGGAGGAGCAAGUCAGGUGGUUCCAUCAUGAGCAGGAAAUCUAUUCUGCUGUCGAAUCCCGGAAGCCCGACUCAACUGCCGCCUUUGCCGCCACCACCGAAGAGCGCCGGUAACCAUCCUGUACGCGCGCUGCCAAAUGACACCAAGAGCAUGACUUUCGACGAGAAGAUGGACCUUUUCUUCCCUGGAGGUCUUGGAAACUCUGAGUCAGGCGUUCAGCCCAGGACUCCUGUUCCUGAGAUGCCCAUGGUACCUUUGGCCUUCAAGCCUGCGAGCAUUUCGGGCGGCGACGAAAGAGAUGCAUGGGAUUCGGGAAGCAGCCAGGACCGCUCCAAGCAGUCCGAUCGCUCGACCAAGACAUCCAUCCGAACUCAAAGUAUUCUCGAUAUCGAAGAGUCAGUCAGGCCAGAUAUGCCCCGUAACACGUCCAAAUUCAGCGUUGAUACCUCCAUCAUUACUGGAAGACCUGAUGAGCACGACUCUUGGAUUCCUGCGUUACCUGUCAACGACACCGCAGAGAUCAAGCGAGCAUACGAUGGAGCAAAGCGCCAAUCAUCACCUGUCAUUCCGGUCCGCAACCCUAGUCUCUCCGAGUUCAGCGAGACGAGGACGGUCAGGACUCGCGAUGAAGAGACCACGACAAACUGGGGAUCCAUCCACUCACCCGUCGCACCGGUGAACAUCCAAGAGGCUACGCACAUGCCGAAGCCGACGUGGAUCCAGCCGCGCGAUUUGUCUAUGAUCAGCCACAAUGACGGCAAGGAGGUUAUGACAAUCAUGCUUGACGCAUCUGUUGAGCACGAGAGAGACGUGGAAGCCCCGCAAGAGGCCCGCGAAAGCCCUGUCGACCUUCCAGAGGUGAGCCUCUCAAACAGAGGCGCUCGCUGGCAUCGCCGCAUUGGCGAUGAGAGCAUCACAUUCACAGAGCGCAAAGAGCCAGUGCAGUCGCGCAGACAGCCUCCUCCAAGGGCUCUCCAGCUCAGGUCUCCCGUCAAGAAGAAUGCGAUCGUGAUGCACGCGGCGGAACCGUCUCCAUUGGAGUCGCCGCAGCAUGCGUACGAGAUGAUACAAGCGCAACUCAAGAAACUGGAACAGCCGAGCCGAGACUCGUACGAGAGCCAGGGACAGAGGAUUCGUCUUCUAGAGUCUUUGGAGGCCGAAAUGGGCCAGCAAGAGAACCAAUGGCACGAGAUGCAGCAUGGCCUCAGCCGGGACUCCAUGUCGACAGUUGGGACGACUUCCGUCCGCAACUCGCAACACGAAUCUUCAAUUGUCAAUUCGCGAAGCCUUGCCCAGAUUGACGAGUCGCUCCAAGAGAUCCCCCAGCGCAAUAACAUCGCGUUAGACCGACGCAAUUCCCGCCGCGCUCGGAUGGGCAGCAUGAGCAAGUCGUCGUCUGAAGAUCUGGGAACGCUAAGCGCCUCUUCCCUCUCUUCUGACGGCACCAACAACAAUCGCACCAGUCUCUGGCAACAGCGACUUGCGGAUGCUCAAAUGGAAUAUAUGGAGAACGCUUCCGAACUAUUGGCAAAACGAAAUCUCAAUUUCUUGUCUGUCUCAAAAGCGCCCUUGAGUGCGACUGCUGCGGCGUUGCAGCUGGGCAGUCCUACCCCACCGGACACCGACGAGGAGUCCGACGGCGGUGACGGUGUCAACGCUCAGAUACUCGCGAGGCUCAUGCCGAACGAGCGAGCUCCCGCACCCCCGGAAUGUCUGUGGAAAUCCGACUCGCCAGUUUAUUUUGAGCGCGAACUACCGCUGCUUUGGGCUCCUCCCGCAAACCAUGGCGUCGCGACUAAAGUUACUUCCCACCCAAGCGACACCUUACCUGGUAUCUCCGUUCGCCCUGCGACACGCAAGGUCUCCGAUCCCCUAAAUAUCGUGAGCUCGCAACUUUGGCAGCCCGAUCACACUGCUGCUAAAAAGCUACGGCCCACCUCCGGACUUUGGCGUGUUUCUUGGAGCCCUGAGCCCGUCAAGGACAACUUCCAACAGCCCCAGCGUCCCCUGACCCAACGUCCACCAAGACGUAGCAAGCGUGUCACACUGUUGCCCGACAUUCUUGAGAGCCCGCAACCCCUUCCUGAUAAGAGAGGUACGCUCGGUAUCUUCCAGUUCCCCUGGGGCGAGAAGUCGGACACCGCCACCGUCCAACCGCGUGGGCCAAGUCAUAUGUUUAUGGCUAUGCCCGGUACUAUGUCAACUGGUGGACCUGCAGUACGUGCCGCAUUAGAAGCUCGCGCAAAGCAACUCGAAGCUCAAGAAUACUCCUCUUCCUUCUUUGACGACUACGACGACGAGGAAGAAGGUGACGACGAAGUCUCUGAUAUUGGAGAGGACGACGACAGUGACGACGGCUUCGACGAGACCACCCUCUGGGAAAUCGCCAGUCUCCUCCAGUCGGACCAGGUGCCAUCCAAGAACAGCCUGCUCCCUCAGCCCAUCACAUACCGCCCAGAGUCCUUCGCCGAGGAGUACAUCUCUGAGCGCUCUCAAUCAGAGUACGAAGACUCUGAGGAGGAAAAGACAGCCGAGGGCGACGACGACACCAAGCACGACUCCAUGGUCAUCACCAUCGCCGCCGAGGAGCUCCCCUCCUCGCCGGAACAUGUCUCUCUUCUUUGGGCACCCAAGCCAAAGCAGUUCAUCAGCCGCCGCACCUCAACAGGUCUUCCGCAACCCGAUGCCCGCGUCUGGGGAAGCUACCUCGACAAGAUGAGCGCCCCUGCCCGCGUCCGCGAGCGUCUUCCAGAGCCCGCCGUCAUCUACAGCACUUCUCUCUGGACCGCACCCGCGAAGAAGCAAAAGGUGGCCAAGUCAAACACCCCCCUCUGGAGCAAGCCGCAGCAGCGCAAGAAUAAGACGGCGACGACCAUGUGGGCUGCCCGGCCCGCGGUCGUCUACACCGAGCCCACUGGCCUGUUCAACCCCAGCCACAAGCGCGCGUGCUUCAGGACAACCUCUGCUCUCCCCGUUGGCCUCGGCAUGCCUUCCGCCGCGCGCAUGACGUCCGAGGAGCUUCCCCAGCUCGAGUCGUUCAGCCUCUGGGCCCCCACGCCGGCAGAGACCCGCGUCGAGGACUGGAUGUCCCUCGCCGUCGCGAGACCCAGCUCC